AUGGCGAAACCUACAGUUGUUUUCGUUCCUGGCGGGUUUCAUACGCCAGCCAUUUUUGAUCCCGUACUUCCAUUCCUCCACGCAGCUGGUUAUCCAACCGCUUCAGUUUACUUACCUAGUGUGGGUGUUUCCCCUGGAAUUCCGGACCUCUCACCAGACGUUGAAGCAGUUAAUCUUGUUGUCGGUGGACUUGUAGCGUUGGGACGUGAGGUUUUGCUUGUUGCACACUCUUAUGGUGGCGUGCCCUCAUCGGAAGGACUUCAAGGUCUCAGCAAGCAGGAGAGACAGGCCCAAGGGCUGGCCGGUGGUGUCGACCCGACGGCAUUGCUUCCCGAAAACCCAAUUGAGGCCUUCUACCAUGAUCUCGACCCGGCGGUAGCUAAGUAUUAUGCGAGCUUAUUAAGACGUCAAUCUGUGGGUCCGUUCCUCUCGCAAAUCACACACGAAUCCUAUCGUCAAAUCCCUACUUCAUGCUUGCUGCUUUCGAACGACAGAGCCGUCUCCUUGGCGAGACAAAAGCGUGUGGCAAAAAAUGCUGGCAUCCAACAGCUGCUUGGGCCGAUAAAUUGCGGUCAUUCUCCAUUCCUAUCGCAUCCAGAAGAAGUCUCGAAAUUCAUUCGGCAGGUUGCUGGAGAAACUUAG